ACAUAGAAAAUCCAAAAUUUCACAAAAGAUCCAUACUCAAACUUCUUAUCGUCACUGUUUAGGAGAAUGUGUUACAAUUCAACAGCUCAAGCAGGCCAGGCUCUAAUCAAAUUUAAUUAAAUUCAAUUAAAUCAAGAAAUAAAAAUAGUACACACACAUUGUAAUUCAGAUUGUUGCUUAACGGUGAAAAGAGAAAGAAAAAUAAACGCCAACGCUGGAAACGCGUACACGUCAAACAAGUCUUUUGGAAAAAGUCAAAAGAAAAACGGCGUCGUUUAACAAAUUCUAAAAAUAACAACAAUAGAAAAAAAAUCAAAAUAUAAAUCAAAAAAUAACAACACGGAGCCGAAAAACAAAUCGAAAAAGGACUACUAAGAAGAAGAGUGUGUUAACAACGAUGGUAGUUGUGUAGAUUGUUGGUCACACACACACACAGCGAAACACACGUGUGGGCAAAUACCAAAUGUGAAAAAUCGAUUUUGUGUGCUGUGUCCUUUUGCUGUUUUCGGUUGCGCCUUGUGACCAUGUGUGUGUAUCAUUGACGUCUAUAAAACCUUAAAGCUGUCUUCUCUCUUCCCUCAACAGAAAAGCAAAACAAAAUAAGAAAAUAACUCUCAAAUUAAUAUAGAAAUACAAACCCACGCUCCCCACUCACGCAUAUUUCGUGCUCCAUCCUUCCUUCCGGUAUUUUAAUUUCAAUCCCCCCACCCAGGAACUGGGAUAAUAACAGCUACAAUAUCCCUUAACGUCAUAAGGAUAGCAAGGAGUCGAACAGGAGUAGAAAGUUCAAAAUUUGCCACAAGGUGCAGCCCAACGUUGCCGUUCAAAAUGAAAAUGUUGUUAGCUUUUCCACACUGGUGUCCUUGUUGUUGUUGCUACUGUUGGUUUUCCAGUGAAAAACAUUCAUAAGAAACUCAUCAUCAUCAGCAGCAGUAGGAGCAGCAGGAGCAGCGUCAUCAACAACACCAGAGGAUAUAAGGACGACAAGUAGAAGAACCACAACAACAACGAGUUUCCUUCCCCAAAACAUACGAUUCCUGCAAAGACACCAUCAAACCAGGCCCAGCCCAGCCAAGCAACGCAACGCACUACUCAUUGCUGCCACAUCCAAAGCCACAGCAAUAUCCAGACGAAGCAUUGGUCAAUAAAGUUCCUAAAUAAAAUAAGUCAGGAAGUCCUUAAAAUUCUUUAUGUUCGAUAUGAUGGCAUGAAAUCCCUGAAAACAUUCUGAAAAUCGAUGAUUAUUUGCAAAGAAGUUUUUUCCCAAAUUCCUUGGAAACAUUCUCAAUUUCUGUCCAGAGAUACAAUGAUGUUAAAGGCAAUUUAGAAGUUCUCUACGCAAAGCAACACCUAAAACCCCACACACACACAAAAGACAGUACCGUCUCGAACAUCAUGAGAGGUCGUCGCAUACCAUUGGCCCUACCCAAUACGGGGACAUUGCAUCGCAAGCGGAACACUUAUUAUUUGCGUGGCAUAAUUGUGAUAACCCUUGUAAUAUUUCUAUUCCUGCAGCUGCAUGCUUUUAAUUUUCCUGAAUCCCGUGAUCCCCUGCUAACAGAGCCGACCAAUGACUCGGUUGAUGCCAUACUGUCGAUGGUGCCAUCUGUGCUACACAAAUUCCUGCAGCCCAAGACACGUAAUCAGACCUUAGCAGCCAGUUUACACCAAAAUGGUACACUAAUUAACGGUAUGUUGGCCGGUGGAGGUGUCGGUGGUGUUGGUGGCGGUGGUGGCUUGGUUAGUUUUGUCGAUUUAUAUCAUCCACCAAAUAUCAGUGAAAUUAAACGACAAAUUGCCAAAUACAAUGACAUGCAAUUAGUUUUAAAUGAAUACACCUUUGGUCCGUUACAAAAUGAUUCUGUGAUAAUUGUAAUACAAGUUCAUACUCGUAUUAUAUACCUACGCCAUUUGAUCGUGAGCCUGGCACAGGCUCGUGAUAUUUCUAGAGUUCUAUUAAUAUUUUCACAUGAUUUUUAUGAUGAAGAUAUUAACGAUUUAGUCCAGAGUAUAGACUUUUGCAAAGUUAUGCAAAUAUUUUAUCCAUAUUCAAUACAAACACAUCCAAAUGAAUUUCCUGGCGUUGAUCCGGAUGAUUGUCCGCGUGAUAUUAAAAAAGAUCAAGCAAUCAUUCGGAAAUGCAACAACGCCUUGUAUCCAGACUUAUAUGGCCACUAUAGAGAGGCCAAAUUUACCCAGACCAAACAUCAUUGGUGGUGGAAGGCGAAUCGGGUAUUCGAUCAGCUGGAAGUUACAAAAUAUCAUACAGGACUGGUGCUAUUCCUGGAGGAGGAUCACUAUGUGGCCGAGGAUUUUCUAUAUCUGCUGGAAAUGAUGCAGCGGCGGACAGCAGAUCUGUGUCCCCAAUGUAAUAUACUGUCGUUGGGUACAUAUUUGAAAACCUUUAACUACUACACCUACAAUAGCAAGUCCAAGCAGAAAUCAUUUAGCAAUGCUGCGCCAGCAUCUACUUCGCUGUUGUCGUCUAACAAUCUCUUAGGAUAUCAUAGGAAUAGAAAAUCACUACAAAUAUCAUCGCAAACAGCUUUAAAGACAUCAUCCAAUAACAAUAACAACAACUACAACAACAACAACAAUCAUAAAUUCUAUAAUGAACAAAAGACAAAAACUAGUCAGAAUUUGAAAUCAUAUGUGGGUGAUACAAAUCCCAAUUCACAACAACAGCAACAACAACAUGGCACCUCUUCUCUCAUCACAACCUCAGCGAGCACCACAACCAAAAGCACUUCUCAAACUCAGGGUGCACAACAGACAUGGAGUUAUCAUGUCUUGCCAUCAUUGUAUUCUGUCUAUCAGAAGGUGGAGGUGAUGCCCUGGAUAAGCAGCAAACAUAACAUGGGAUUUGCUUUCAAUCGCACCACCUGGACCAGCAUACGAAAAUGUGGCAAACAUUUUUGUUCGUACGACGAUUACAACUGGGACUGGUCGCUGCAACAUGUGUCCCAGCAGUGUCUGCAACGCAAACUGCAUGCCAUGAUUGUCAAAGGUCCAAGGGUGUUUCACAUUGGAGAAUGUGGCGUCCAUCACAAAAAGAAAAACUGCGAAUCAAAUCAGGUCAUUUCCAAGGUGCAACAGGUUUUGCGCAUUGCUCGCAAGUCGGGGCAAAUUUUCCCCAAAUCUCUAACGCUGACGGUGGCAAGUCUGAUUAAAAAAACCAAAUUACGCAAAGGCAAUGGCGGUUGGGGUGAUCACCGGGAUCAUGAUCUAUGCAUGAAUAUGACUUUACCAAUUAGAUGAAUUUAACAAAAAAAAAAAAAAAAAAAAAACAAACCAGAAAAACUAAAAUAAAUUAAUUUAAAUUCUUUUUUCUACAAAACAAAAUAUUCAAAUAUUUCUCAACUCUUAAGUGAUAAUACUCUAAUUUUUUUAGAAAAAAAAA